UACAUUCUAUGAAACUAAUCUCUUUGAAACUUUCUAAAGUUUGUUUUUGUAUGUGUUUGUUAGACAAUCAUAGUUUCUUUUGAAUACAUAGUGUUAUGAAUUUUGUACCCUUAAAAGAUGUAUACACGCGUUGAGCAUAAAGUUCAUACUAGUUUUGAUAUUUUAUGGAAAAAACACGAUUAUUAAUUUAAUCAUAUAUAUUUUGGAGAUUAAUUGAACCUAUAGUCAAAUGUCAAUUUGUAUUUAGCAAUAUGCUCAUGAGCAAAGCACACAAUAAUGAUUUGCUUGGUAUUCUUCGUCAUUCACAAACACAUCAAACUUUGCAUACUUCCAUGGUGAUUUUGUUGGCGAUGAAUGCCUUGUGAUCGAGACGCUCAUGUAAGUCAAACAUUAGCCUCAGCCAGGAGAAUGAUGACCCUUUUGAUUGAGGCACCUACAAGUAUAUUUAUUUAGGAACUUCACACCACUUGGCCUCCAAAAAGUUAUGGAUCAUGGCAAGGUUUGUGUAACUGGUGCAUCGGGUUUCCUGGCUUCUUGGCUCAUUAAACGACUCUUGUUGUCUGGCUAUCAUGUCGUUGGUACUGUUAGAGACCCUGGAAACGACACCAAACUCACUCACUUGUGGAAUCUACAAGGGGCAAAGGAGAGGCUCCGCCUAGUGAAGGCCGAACUAACAGAAGAAGGAAGUUUUGACGAUGCAAUCAUGGGGUGUGCGGGAGUAUUUCAUACGGCUUCCCCUGUUCUUGGACAUAUUAAUGACCCAACGGAGGAGAUCAUAAAGCCGGCUGUCAAUGGAACAUUGAACGUGCUACGUUCAUGUAAGAAGAACCCGUCACUGAGACGGGUAGUUCUCACCUCAUCAUCUUCUACAAUCAGGGUUAAAGAGAAGUUUGACUCAAAUAUACCUUUGGAUGAGUCAUCUUGGAGCUCGGUUGAACUUUGUGAAAAACUCAAGAUUUGGUAUGUAAUGUCGAAAACCAUGGCAGAAAAGACCGCAUGGGAGUUUUGUAAUGAAAAUGGCAUCAAUUUAGUGACUGUUAUGCCAUCAUUUGUGGUUGGACCUAGCCUACCUCCUACUUUAUGCUCUACAGCAUCAGAUAUUCUGGGCUUGCUUCAAGGGGAAACGGAGAGAUUUAAACGGCAUGGAAGGCUGGGAUAUGUGCAUAUAGACGAUGUCGCUCGUUGCCACAUCCUAGUUUAUGAACAUGAAGAAGCUGAAGGACGAUAUAUAUGCAGCUCAACAGUAAUUAAUAAUGAUGAACUAGUGUCAAUUCUGUCCACAAUGUAUCCCACACUAACCAUUCCAAAGAGGUUUGAGCAGCUUGAACGACCCUAUUAUCAGUUCAACACGAGAAAGAUAGAGAGCUUGGGGUUCAAGUUUAAGUCAAUUCAAGAGAUGUUUGCAGACUGUGUCACAUCUCUAGUGGAACAAGGCCAUCUUUCUUUGUCUUAGUUAAGCUGGACUACUUCGAGUGGUUUUAUCAAAGGUUACAAAGCCUUCUAAUAUAGAUCAAGAUAGGAAAGAGAAUAAUAUAAAUACUGUAGCCUCGAAUUGGCACCUAUAUGUAUCUGCAGCUAAUGUAUCUGCCUAAUUCUUGGACAAAAUAAAUUGUUGGAAAAAUGUUAGCCGAAAAUAAUUUUUUAACUUUCAAA